AUUCGUAUCAUGUGAUUUGCUCUUGCUGGCUCUCUGAGCAGCUAUGUCAGAAUAAUUUUGACAGGACGGUUUGAGAAGAAGCUCUCGCUUUAUCCAGGAGGAAUUAUUGAAGAUGCAGAACGUGAUAAACACAGUGAAGGGCACCGCUCUGGGAGUGGCCGAGUUCCUCACUCCUGUGCUGAAGGAAUCGAAAUUCAAAGAGACUGGAGUCAUUACACCAGAAGAGUUUGUUGCAGCUGGAGAUCACCUGGUUCAUCACUGCCCCACAUGGAAAUGGGCCACUGGAGAAGAAGUGAAGGUGAAGCCAUAUUUGCCUCCGGAUAAACAGUUUCUCCUGACACGCAAUGUUCCAUGUUACAAGCGCUGUAAACAGAUGGAGUAUUCAGACGAGCUGGAAGCCAUCAUAGAGGAGGAUGAUGGAGACGGAGGCUGGGUGGACACUUACCACAACUCAGGUGUGUUAGGAGUCACAGAUGCUGUAAGGGAAAUUUCACUGGACAAUAGUAAGGACAAGAAUAUGAAUGCCACGUCUGCAGCGUGUUGUGAUGAUGAUGACGAGGAAGAUGAAGAUGGAGAAGCAGCAGAUAUGGAAGAAUAUGAGGAAAGUGGCCUGUUGGAAACAGAUGAGGCGACUCUGGACACCAGUAAAAUGGUAGAAACUAAAGCCAAAGCAGAACCUGGGAGUGAAGAUGCCAUCCUUCAGACUAGAACAUAUGACCUGUACAUCACAUAUGAUAAAUACUACCAGACCCCUCGACUCUGGCUGUUUGGAUAUGAUGAAGACAAGCAUCAGCUGACUGUAGAGCAGAUGUACGAGGACAUCAGCCAGGACCACGUGAAGAAGACGGUCACCAUUGAGAACCACCCCCACCUUCCUCCACCUGCCAUGUGCUCUGUCCACCCGUGCAGACAUGCUGAAGUGAUGAAAAAGAUCAUUGAGACUGUGGCGGAAGGAGGAGGAGAACUCGGAGUGCAUAUGUAUCUUCUGAUUUUCCUCAAGUUUGUGCAGGCUGUCAUUCCCACAAUAGAAUACGAUUACACAAGACACUUCACCAUGUAGCUUCAUCAUCUGCAGAUCAGAUAAGAGGAUCAUCAUCAGAUUCAUCUCUUUACGUUGAGCUAUGGCAUUAACAAUAAAACUUUCUUCAAAGUCCGACCAAUGUUAUUUCCAUCAGCAGCAGUUUGAGUCCUUUAUUUACUUUUGUGUUUUCACUCGUCACAGAGCAGGCUAGCAGUUUCCCCCUAGUUUCCGGUCUUGAUGCGAUGCUAGGCUAACCACACCCUGGACAUCUCUGUACUUUGCUCACAGAAGUGAAGCUGAUAUCCAUCCUCUCAUCUGACUGUGGGUAAAUCUGCAGACGAGGUUACGUCUCAAAAAAGUUGGACGAUACCUCUGAUGUUUCUUUACAGGUUUGACUUUGUGACCACAAUGUGGUGAGCUCUCGCUAAGCUCCUGUUAAGAUGCUGUGUUCAAACUCUGUUUCAGACAAGAAUUAAAUCUGGCUCAUCAAAGUGUCAGCCAUCCCGACAGCUCAGAAAACAGACUAUUCCAAGUGCAUACAGUAAAAUGUAUCAGAAAUUCAAACUGCCUCUGAUUUUGCAGCAGAAAAAAGCUGUAAGCACAACAUUGAUGCUUUCUAAAGUUACCUGUCAACAAUGUGGCAACCGCACAGCAACAGCAUUCACUUUGUUUGUGACGCCUCAUGAAUGUAAGCCCAAUAUUCACUCUCCUUUUAGCUUCGGUUUAAACGAACUCCUGACAAAAUAACUGUUUCUUUAGCUGCUAAAUGCUGCACUGUGUUCACCAGCUUGUGUUUAACUGUGUCUGUCUGCUGUUUGCUGCUGAGCAGGUGGCGCUAUUACAGCUUGUUCACUGCCUGCUGCAGUAAACACUGAGCUGAGAGUGAACCAGAACAGUGAGCGAGAUGGGCCUGCACUGCACAACUACUUCAUUGUACAACUACAAAUAAUAUUCAGAAGAAAAUGUGUCAAAUCUGUGGGUUUGGAAAGCCGCAUCAGUCGGCGCUUCUUGACUAUUAAUAUUGUUCACAUGCUUCACUGCAGUGGGUAUUAUUGCUUCCCUUCUAAUGCACUUUGCAGGAGUCAUUUCUGAACCUCAUUCUAAAUCAGCUUUUGAUGCCAUUUUGUCUUAAUGCUGCAGAAUCUGAAUGUGUUGAGGCCCCUUCACUCACCCGUCGUACUUAUGGUUGACUUGCAAGCUUUUUUGUGUGUUUCACUUCAACUUUGGACAGUUUCCCUUUUUUCCUGCAGCUUGUGUCAGAACCUUGAGAAUUUCUUUCAGUCUUGCUUUUCCAUGUGUAAUGUAAUGUGAAGGUUUGCUGCGACCUCCACUGUGCAGCAUUUUCACGAUUCUUUUGUCACAAACCUCUCGGUGUAACAAUAAAUCAGCAACAGAUUUCUCAGCUACGUUGUUUACACAACUAUGGAUUAUAAACUACAUUUGGCUCUUCACAGUAACACGUUUCUGACAGUACUUAAACAGUCAAAUAAAGCAUCUGCUACAGUAAUCUGCACUCUACUCUCCUUGUUGUCUGUUGGUUGGAUUAAAUAUUCACUCUGUACCUGUGCCUGUUGGUCCAGUCUUCUGAUGUAAAUUGCUUGGUGGCAACACUUGACCAUUUCAAAGUAAUGUACAUUUAUCAAUAAAGAGUUUCCCAAAUAUUACAAAUA